UGUCCACAUAUGUAAAGCAGUCUGGUCAGGAUUCCUUAACAUGGCAGCCGUGAUUGAAGACGCUAUUGAAGACGCUGUGGAAGCCUUUGAAAGUUAUACUGCUGAAGGAGCUGAUCUAGCUGAAGAAGUAACUGAAGAAAUGGCUGAAGAAAUAGCUGAAGCCAAAGUCGAAGUUCAAGAGAUAUCAAAAGAGAGCAGCGUCAUAAAAAAAUGUAUUGUAAAUGUCUCCACAGGCAUCAAAGAUUUGGGAAUAUUUAUGGCAAAGAAUGCAGCAAUUGGUGUAAUAUUGUGGGGUGUUAAUGUUACACUAGCAAAACUGUUCCCUAAAGGCCAAGGGCAGAGUGAAAAACAAAAAUGUGCCUUGAUAAAAGAAGUGAUCCAAGUGAUCAAAACUGAAAUAUGCAUAUCUAAAAGGAUGGCUAAAUGGUUAGAAGACCAUAAGGAAGAAACGGUCAUAUUGGAUGGCAUAGAAAUCCCUCUGGAAUCACUAAUUUCCACACACAUUAAGCCAGUAUCUGAUGCUAUUGACCAAGCAUACUCUGUGGCACAGUCACUACAAAACUCUGAUGGAAAUCCUUACAAAGUUCCAACUGCAGGAGACAUACAGAAGUUCCUCAUGGCGGCAGAUGCUUUCCUAAAUGCUUUCAACUUCCUGGUGGCAUUCAUCAAUGAAAACAUGCAGAAGUUUCAAGGUCUCUGCAGCUUCCCAGUGAAAAAAGAAGACAUUGACACUCUCAGAGAACUGAUAGAGAAUGUGAAGGCUGAAAAAAUGAACUGGUCUUAAUGUGCUCUUAACGGUUUCUUUCUUUCUUUCUUUCUUUCUUUUUGCAUUUGUAAAUAAAGACAGUGACUUCAGCUGUCAACUUUACAUGCAUCCUUAGCAGUAUGAAAACAAAGUAUCCGGCAAAUUGUGAAUUAAUUAUUUACAGAAAGUCAGCUAAGAACAGUCCUUUUGUAAUGUAAUAAUGAGAGCAUUUGUAAGAGUGCUCAAGUGAGCAUGUGCUGAAUAAAACC